GAUGGUGAUUAUGCAUGAAACUGGAAAGCUGAAACAACAGCAACAACAGAUGCAAGACCCUCCCUGAUAAUUGAUAGCACUCACCAAGCAACAUAAAGCAGAGAGGUGAUUGUGAUCGCGCUGUUCAAGCAGCAAAAGCAUCGAUACCAAUGUUUCAGGUCUAAAGGCCGUGUGUUUUGGCAAUUUCUUCUUCUUUGCAGUCACCACAACUUUCAGAUGCUCUGCUGCAUCAACACUUGCAUUGGGCUCUCACUAACAGCUGCAAGUUGCACUGUUCACAAUGCGAUGAAUUGUCCAGAAAGGAACAGUGAUGAGUAGGCCCCACAACGCCACAUCAUAUAUCAUCAAUUGCUGCUGACGAGUCGUAGUAAUGCUUUGUCGACAUUCCCGUGAAACCUAUUCAAUGCUCCCGAAUCCGCACUUCAUUAACUCGUCACCCUUCCCCUCCUCGUGACCGCACUAAAUUCCCAGGCUUACGUGGCCCAACUCCCCUGCCAGCCCAAAUCGUAUAUAUCCACGACGUUCGCAUGUCCCUUCCCUGCCAUACACCGAUCAACCAUGGCUCCCAUCGUGCUUCUUCUUCUUCUUCUUCUUCUGAUGGCGCCUCUCCCGCCCUCCUCGUCCGAAUUCACCGUCGUGAUGCCGGACUCGUCGGCCCUCGUCGACGCGCCGCAGACGGGAUUCUCCGACAGCGCCAGGACCGACCCGGCCGAGCAGCGGGCGGUGUACGAGAUCAUGGAGGCGACGGGCAACGGCUGGGCCACGUCCAUCCCCGACGUGUGCCGCGGCCGCUGGCACGGCAUCGAGUGCAUGCCCGACACCAACGACGUCUAUCACGUCGUCUCCCUCUCCUUCGGCGCCCUCUCCGACGACACCGCCUUCCCCACCUGCGACCCCGCCCGGUCCUCCCUCUCCCCCGCCGUCCUCGCCCUCCCGCACCUCCGCUCCCUCUUCUUCUACCGCUGCUUCACCGGCAGCCCUCAGCCCGUCCCCGCCUUCCUCGGCCGCCUCGGCCCCACCCUCCGCUCCCUCGUCCUCCGCGAGAACGCCCACACGGGCCCCAUCCCGGCCGAGCUCGGCAACCUCACUUCCCUUCGGGUGCUCGAUCUCCACGGGAACCAUCUCAGCUCUUCUGUUCCCCCGUCGCUUCAACUCCUGAGGAAUCUCCAGUUACUGGAUUUGAGUCACAACCAGCUCUACGGCCCAGUUCCUGAACUCAACCUUCCCUCCUUGACCGUCAUGGACCUCAGCCGUAACCUCCUCCAUGGCCGGAUUCCAACUUCUUUCGGGCGGUGGGAUUCCCUCGUCAAGAUGGACCUGAGUCGAAAUCGCUUCUCUGGUUCGAUUCCAGACUCUCUCUGCGACCUACAGAACCUGGUUUUACUCGAUCUGAGUCACAAUCGCCUCGCCGGCCCUCUCCCACGCUCUCUCGGUGGGUUGAGGUCGCUAACAGCGUUGAUUCUCACCGGCAAUCCGAUGAGCUCAGCGAUGAUUCCCAAGGACGCAUUUGCAGGGCUCGCAGCGUUGAACACACUCAUUCUAUCCAACAUGGGGCUACAAGGAUCCAUACCCGAGUCCAUCGGAGAACUGGGAAGCCUUCGGGUACUUCAUCUCGACGGGAACAAGCUGAACGGUUCCAUACCUAAAAGCUUUCAGAAGCUACAGAAGCUGACCGAGUUGAGGGUGAACGACAACCAGCUCAUGGGGCCCAUCCCCAUCGGCAGGGAGAUGCUGUGGAAGAUGGGGAAGAAGCUGAGGCUCUACAACAACUCGGGACUGUGUUACGACAUGAGCUAUGGAAGAUACGAGGGGAUCGAGUCGAUGUCGGGCAUCAGUUACUGCGAGACGGAGAGCAAAGAUGCUGCGAGUGCGAGGAGUCAUACGACGAAGCAUUACUUGUCGUCCACGUCGAGGGACGGCGGUCAUGGCCGGCCCUCCAGUUUAAGCUCUUCCGGCGCGGCCCGUAAACUCCACCUCGCCCAAGAAGAGCUUGUCGAUCUGAUCGCACCGCUUCUCGUCUCUCUUCUUGUGUUCUUGUAGCCACUGCUUCUUCGCUUGCGGAGAGGAAUCAACCAACCGCUGUAAAUUUCCCAGUCAAAGGAACGCGGUGGGGGCUGCACGCAGUUGGAUUCUCUUUCAAGCCAAGAUUCUGAAGCCAACGAGAAGGGUUAUAGCUCGGUGGGGGGACUGCGACAGCACAGCGGCUUGUUCUACCCCUGCGUCGACAAGCUGGCCAGAGCCCUCUCUUCUGCUCACCCAUCGAUUAACCCUCCUCUGCAGGAACACACGGCCGGUCUCUGUUUCCUCCAGAGGAAGAAGAAAACUGUACUUUCUCCAUAGGAGCAUAUGAUUCUUCGAUUGCGAACGAAGAACUAUGUGGUUCUGUGGCUUCCGUCACUCAUAAUGCAUGUCAUGU